AUGACACUUCAGUAGUUACACAUUUUAUUAUUGGAGCAGUAAUAAUUUGGAAUUGUGAUUAUUAUUAUUUAAACCUAUUCUUAUUGUUUGUAAGAUUUAUAUUUAAAUAAAUAAUUAAAAUUUCUCUAAAAAAAUUACAAAAUAUACUAUACUAAAAGACUGAUAGAUCAUGUUUCUGUAAAAUGUCGAUUUUGUUUCAUAAUUUACAUUCAAGGUGCUUAACCUCUUUUUUAUCGAAACCGAAAGUUUAUCAACAAAUUUUGAAAAAUUACUCGCAACCAAUAAUGCGAUUAAACGCUAAUGAAGUCAUUCUACAUUACGAAGAAGGAAAUGACAAUUUUAACAUGUCAUUCCGCUACAUUAAUCCCAUAUUAAAUAUCGAUAGACAGUUCAAUUUUCGAAGGCACGUGGAUGAAACCAUAAAUAAUUUUGUUCAACGAAUUUGUCAGAAUAUUAAUUCCUAUAUAACAAAACGAACGUACCGAAAAAAGAAAACAGAUGCAGUUUCUCUAGAAGAUUUAAAAAUUGAUGUUGAAAAUGAUAUAAAAUUUAUGAGAAAUCACUCUGCCCUUAAUGGUGAUCUUACAUGUAAAUCAAUUUUAAAGGAUUUACCAGACAUAAAAUUAGUCAUUUGUGAUACGGAAUAUAUCUUGAGACAGAAUGUACCUUUUAUUACUAAAAUAGAAUUACCGUCGAGCAUUCUAAUUGAUUUUCCUGUUUAUCCUUCCAAAUUUGAAGGAACAAACGUAGACAAAUUAAAAUCAAUUGUUAAUUGGUACAGAAGUGAAAAUCCAAAAUCUGAAUGGAAACAUGUAGGGGAAGGAUUUUUAUACGUUCCAAGUACAUCUGAUUUAGGAUGCAAAUUAAAAGUAUCAUGUAUUCCAAAGAAUAGUGAAGAAUGUGGUCCUAUAAUAGAGAGCAUAUCAAAUGCUACUGUAGAAAUUGGACCAGGCGUAUGUCCUUUUAAUGCCAGACACGCUUUUACUAAAAAUAAAUUGUCAGAUAAAAGAGUAACUUCGUACAACAUAUUGGCAAAUGUAUACGCGGAAACUGCUAUGUCUAAGGAAACUUUAUAUCCAUAUUGUCCACAUUAUGCUUUAUCUAUGGAUUAUAGAAAAUUAUUAAUUCUUAAAGAAUUAAUAGGAUACAAUAGUGACAUAAUAUGUCUUCAAGAAGUAGAUGCCUCAGUUUAUGCAAAUGACCUACAGUUGUCUUUAACUACCUUAAAUUAUGGUAGUAUAUAUAAUUUAAAGAAUGAUAUGCGGGAAGGCCUUGCAAUAUUUUAUAACCAGGACAGGUUUGAUAAAUUGUCUUGUGAUUACAGUGUUAUUUGUCAAGGUACAAAUCUAGAUGAGUUUAACAUUAUUUGGUCGCAAAUUCAAAACGACAAUGUAAAGCAAACAUUCUUAAACAGAAAUACAAUUAUUCAGACAAUAAUACUUCGAUCCAAAGAAAAUUCUGAAAUUUUAAUUGUUGGCAACACACAUUUAUAUUUUCGGAUAACAGCCGAUCAUAUACGCUUAUUACAAGCAUAUUAUGGUUUAUCAUAUUUACGCACAUUUGCUAAAAAAAUAAAAGAAGAGAAUCCUGAAUGCAAUGUUAGUAUUUUAUAUUGUGGUGACUUCAAUAGUGUUCCAAAUAAUGGAGUUUAUAAAUUAAUGACUGAAAAAUAUAUACCAGCAGAUCACGAUGAUUGGAAAUCUGAUGUUGAAGAACAAAUUCAGAAUGUGUGUAUUAAACAUGACACAAAUUUAUCUAGUGCAUGUGGUACUCCAGAAUACACAAAUUAUACAGGUACCUUCUCUGGUUGUUUAGAUUAUAUAUUUUAUCAAACGGAUUAUUUAACAGUUGAACAAGUUAUACCAAUGCCAAGUAAAGAAGAACUUAGUGCAUAUACCGGUCUACCAUCUGUGGUGUCACCAAGUGAUCACAUAGCAUUGUGUGUUGAUUUGAAGUGGUUAAAAUAA